AUGGGUUAUAGAGCUCUGAAUGCUCAGACAAUUUCAAAUUCGGCUCAUCCGAUACCAUUGAUAGAAGAUUUGUUGGAUAGAUUGGGCAAUGCUCAUUUCUUCUCUACCCUAGAUUUGAAAUCAAAAUAUCAUCAGAUGCCUAUUAGAGACAAGGAUAAAGAACUGACAGCAUUUGUGGGGACUGUACCAAUGGAAAAGAGGCUGCUCGUUUGGCCUGUCAGGAGCCCCAUCAACAUUCCAACGGAUCAUGACAGUAAUUUGGGUGAUAGUCAAUACGAGGAAAUUAAGACAGUAGGAAUUGUACAGUCUCCAAGCAAGUGUAUUUUUGGAGCUAGACGAAUUGAAUACUUGUGUUAUGUAAUAGAAGCAGGACAGGCACUGGACAUGGAGGACGACGUGGACGAUGGUCAUAUGGGACAAGUGAGAACAUGGGAGAGAGCUCGUAGAGCAGCUUGGUGGCCUGGUAUGAAAGAUGUGAUGACAUAUGUACAAGGAUAUAUUCCAGGAUGUCCUUUGGACAAAGUUCGAAUGGACUUCUGCGACCCUUCAAUUCCAGAUGGAAUGGAGUACAUAUUGGCUAGCCAAGACAUAUUCAGCAGAUACUGUAUUUUAAUACCAACAAGAGAUUGUAAAGCAGAGACUGCUGCACAAGUAUUUCGAGAGAGUUUGGUGUGCCAGUUUGGAAUUCCUCUCAUUGUACAGUCAGAUAGAGGAACAUGCAAUGAACUGGAUGUAGCUCAAUUGGAGGAUAAAUCUAACGUACAAGGGUUUACUGGGGAACGCUGGACAGCUGGUAAGUACGUUUGUGUUCAUGGAACCAACGUGGAUAAGGUCAAUUUACUUAGUACAGUGAGCCUCAGAUUAGAUGACACUUUAAUACAUCUACAAGAACUGUGCUAUGGUUUGGUUGCUAUGGCUACUCAAACUGUAUUACCAAUCUGCAUUCACUCAGUAGAAGGUCAUCUUGAAUUGUUAACGUGGGUGCUGCUUGCAUGUUUUGUUUUUAAAUUUCUCUUACCUGUUCAAGUCUUUUGUCUGUUACUGUACUGGCAAUUGACUAAUGGCGUGAAGGAAGGGCUGAAGAGGAAAGCAGUGUGGGCCCGCACUUCUUUGAAAUUGUUCAAUCGUCUUGACACCAGUGAUGCCCAGCUGCUGACUGUUCUUAUGUCAUUGCGCUUUGUGGCUGAAGCAGUGCCAAGUCUUGUUCUUAAACAGAGACAGGAAGUCAUCACCGAUUUUGUAGUUAUGCUGCUUGCUACUGAUGUGGGACCUGGUACAAAAGGCAGUAGUUGGUGUGAGAAAAGCAAAUUGUCAAGAGAAACAAGAGUAAAGCUGAGCUGUUUGAAGGUUCUGGUGCAUUUUCUUGAGGGCUUGAAUACACAUGAUGAUGCCCGUACAGCAAAGAAGUUUUUUGACAAGAUUGUAGAUUUGCUAGGAACAGCAAUACAAAGACAUGGAGAUCUGAAUGAUACAGGCAUACCAAGCUCUGUUGACUGUGCUUGGUUGAGAUCAACUGCAGCGUCAUCAUUGAUGCAUUUGGCAUGUGGCAGUUCUGCAUGUCGUCAGAGCCUGGAUCCCUACCCAAUAUUUAGUGCCUUUGCACUGAUAGCACAGGACGAUUGUUUUGAGGUUCGACAACGUUUUCUUAUCAAGCUAAAUGGUCUUUUGGUUCGUAAGAGACUGAAGCCACACUACAUGGCCUUUUUCUGUUUUUAUGCUUUUGAAAAGAACAGAAAACUUAAAUCUCAGGCAAAGAGUUUACUAGCAAAGCAAGUUAAUAGUUGGAGAGAGUAUGCAAGAUUGCAGUGUCAAUCGUUAGACAAUGCAGUUCUUCUUCUUCCUGAGUAUGUAGUGCCAACUGUAGUGUAUCUUCUUGCUCACCAUAAUGACUAUGGAGAAAAUGAUCAAUCACUGUAUCGACUGAGAGACUAUCUUUGGUUUUUUCUGGAGACUGUCACUCAUAGAUCAGAUAACCUGGGGUUCAUAAAGAGUCUUCUGGAAAUGAUUAAGUAUACGCAUGAUACUACAGUAUGUGAUGGAAAGGAAGAGCAAGAUGCUGCAGACAAGCGGUUAUAUGCAGUGGCAGAAUUGGCAUAUAUGAUACUUUCAAUGAAGAUCACCAAUUUUCGACAAUUUGAGUUUCCAGGCCGCGCAGGCCUUCCUCCUACUCUGUACAGAACAAAGGAUGAGCAUGUUGUAAUUCAGAAGAUUUUGCCCACUUCCUUCAACAUUUAUCCUAAAAGGGUAAAGAUAUGUUCUUAAUAUACUUUGUAACUG